GAGGGUUUGCUGAUAGCAGACAUAUGGUGGAGAACAGGCAGGUCAUUGCGGUACUUCAGUACGGCCCAAAUCCGCUUGUUGGCAUCGUUUGCUUCGGCGUUGAAGAGACUUGGGUCCGCCGCAGUGAUUGUACCGCGGGAAACGUUGGAGACGAAGCCUGAGCGGAGGAGGAUGGAAAGAAUGCCCAGAUUCUGGGUGCUAUGGUGGACCGCUAUGUUUUGGUGUCUGCUUCUGAAAGCAUUUUGGAUCCUAGCACAGAGGUCGUGCGCUAGCAUCGAAAAGUUCAAGGGAAAAGAAGUGAUAGUGUGUCACGAGUUUCGCACGUGCUCUCACGAGUCGCCAUGCGCUGCGAUCCCGCUUCGAAGUUUACCCCCACUUCACAGAACCCGCCAGCAGCAUCGUUGUCCUUUUCCCAGCCUUUAUGAGCAUUUGUUCUUUUGCUCAAUAACGCAACAACCUGGUGUCUGGGACUUGGCUCUAUUUUUGUAUUCAGGCUUCUGUAAGCCUAUUCCACGGCCCGUCUUUCGUUUAAAUGGCGGAGAUGAUGCCCCAUGUUCUUUCGCGGUUGCUUUCCUGCCCUCCUCUCCUGCGCCCACCACGACCAUGUCUACAGACGGCAAAGCAGACAUCGAGAAGACUAGCACUGGUCAUGAUUCAGCAGAGGAGAUCGACCUGUAUUCAUUCCACGAGAAGAAUGCUGGUAGAUUGGUCAUUGACCCUGCGGAGGCAAAAGCCGAGUUUGGGGAGGCAUUUGCGGCGCGAUUGAAGCUUUCUCGGGAUGGCACUAAAGUGCUCUGGCCGCAGCCUACCGACUCUCCCGACGACCCACAAAACUGGAGCGAUCGUCGAAAGACCCUGCUACUCACUAUCAUCACACUGGCUGCUAUUGUCCCCGAUUUUGACUCUGGUAUUGGCAUUGCGUCUAUAUUUCAGCUUGCAGCCCAAUAUCACACGAACACUGGGAAAAUCAAUAACCUUACCUCGAACUGGAGUAUAUUUUUACUCGGAUGGGGCGGUCUCACUGCUGUCAUGGUUAUAAGACGGAUCGGACGACUCCCAGUGCUAUUCUGGUCGCAGUUGCUCGCCCUCGGCUUCUUGAUCGGUGCAACUUUCGCACCGAAUCUGAAUACCUUCACUGCAAUGCGUUGUUUGACGGCGUUUUUCGGGACAGCGCCACAAGUCACCGGUCUUUAUGUCGUCACGGACCUCUACCCGUUCCACUUGCAAGCACGGAUGCUCAACUUCUGGACCAUGGGUUUCAUCAUCUCGCCUUUCUUGUCCCCGUUUGCUUUCGGAUUCCUCGUUGCCCGCACAUCUUGGCGUUGGGCAUAUGGAAUUGGGUCGAUGUAUGGAGCCCUUGUUGUGCUCCUUAUCGUCUUCUUUAUGGAGGAGACUAUGUAUGACCGCACUGUUCGUCCCAUUCCCGAACGCCCAUCGACCGGCCUCCGGUAUCGAAUCGAGACCCUCGUCGGAUUGACGGGCCUCAAGAUGCAGAAGUAUCGCGUCUCUUGGACUUACGCCAUCAUUUCCCCAUUCAACGUUGUUUGGCGGCCGCAUAUCCUUGGACUUCUCGUCUUCGAGGCUUUGCUUUUUGGAUUUGGUAUCGGCAUUAAUGUCACUAAUGCUGUCUUCCUUGGAGAACCAGAUCUAGGUUUUAAGUGGUCUCCCUUCGCCAUCGCUGGGGGUUAUGGAACUCCCAUCGUCUCUGUCAUAAUUGGAGAGUUGAUUGGUCGCUUCUUGAACGACUGGAUUAUGAACAAAAGUAUCAAACGCAACAAUGGUGUCUUUGAGGCCGAAAGUCGUCUAUGGGCUUGCUAUGUCGCUGUCCCGCUCUAUAUCAUCGGCUUUGUCACAUUGGGAGCUGCUUUCCAGAAACAUCUAAGCCCCGGUGCUAUCGUCAUGGGCUGGGGGAUUGCAGAAACAAGUAUCAUGAUCAACACUGUCGCCGUCUACGCAUACUGUAACGACGCCUUCCCUAAACAUCAAGGAGAAGUCAGCGCUCUCAUCAAUCUAGCCCGCACAUUGGGCGGUUUUGCGGUGGCCUAUUUCCAAGUUCCGUGGGCUUUGAAGCACGGAGCACUGCAAGUAUUCGGAUGCGAGGCGGCGAUUGUUACCGGACUUUUCUUCCUUAUCGUACCUGCUGUGCAGUUACGCGGACGCUCGCUGCGGAAACGGUUCUCUUUACACUGA